AUGGUCACUGUAUUCCUGCUCAGUGUAAUCUCUCUCCUACUGCUCCUGAGGUUCUGCAGACGCGGAAGUUUCCAGAAGCAGCAAAACCAAGGGAAGCUCCCUGGGCCACCUGCACUGCCGUUCCUAGGAAACCUGAAGGACCUCAAGCAGCCACGUCUCCAUGUCCACCUGACUGAACUGGCCAAGAGAUUUGGGCCAAUCUACAGACUGAGGGCAUGGAGAGAAGAAAUCGUGGUCCUGAACAACACGGAACUGAUUAAGGAGGCACUGCUGAAGAGAUCGUCUGAGUUUGCUGGGAGGCCCGAGACCUUUACAGGAAACACCAUCUCAUUCGGUGGGAAGGACCUGUCCCUGGGAGAUUACACCAGCGUCUGGAAGCUGGAGAAGAAGCUCGCCCACAGUGCCAUCCAGAGGGGUCGGAUCUCUCACCUCGAGCCGGUUGUGGAACGGGAAGCUCGGAAACUGUGCAAGGCUUUCCAGAGCUACAUGGGGUCACCGGUGGACACCUCGAGAGAUUUCUCCAUCUCCACCUGCAAUGUCAUCUCCUCCCUGAUCUUUGGCACAGAGUACGAGAGGGAUGAUCCUGAUCUUCGGGUUAUACAUGACUGCCUGGUGGAGGUGGUCAGGCUCUGGAAGUCUCCGUCCAUCACUCUUCUCGAUAUGUUUCCCAUCCUCCAGUAUUUUCCUAACUACACUUGGAAGGCGUUCCUGAAGGAAGUGAAGACACGAGACUCCUUCGUGAGACAGCAGAUUGAGAGACACAAGGAGACAUUUCAGCAGGGCAAGGUCCGCGAUAUCACCGAUGCACUGAUGAAGCAUUUCUGGGAGCAGGAGGAAGGUGCUGCAGAGUUUGGGGAGCUCACAGAGGAACACAUUCACAUGGUCAUCGUGGACCUGUUUGUGGGUGGGACAGAAACAACAUCUUCUACACUGAGCUGGGCCAUCGCCUUCCUCAUCCACAGGCCGGAGAUCCAGGACAGGAUUUAUAAGGAGAUUUGUGAAAUGGUUGGAGAAGAUUGUUAUCCAGCCUACUCUGACAGGAGGAAGCUGCCGGUCCUGUCAGCCACCAUCGCUGAGCUCCUGAGGCUAAGACCAGUAGUGCCUAUCUCUGUGAUGCACAGAACGACCUGUGACACGAGUGUGGCAGGUUACUCCAUUCCAAAAGGAACCAACGUCAUCCCCAACCUCUUCGGAGCACAUCAUGACGAAAGCAAAUGGACAGACCCCACACGUUUCAGACCAGAGCGAUUCCUGGAGGCCGCUGACCCUGAGAGGGCCAUGCAGAGUGUGUUGUCCUUCAGUCUGGGCGCCCGGACCUGCCUGGGGGAACCAUUCGCACGGGUGGAGCUCUUCAUCUUCCUGGGCUACCUGCUGAAGGAGUUCCAGUUCCUGCCCGGUGUGGAGGGAGUUCCCAUCGAUCUGGACGGCCAGCUGGGGACUGUACUUCAAGUCAAACCCUACCUCGUGUCCAUCGUCCGCAGACCAGCUCCCCAUCACACCUAA